AUGUCGGAGAAGCCAGGCCAGAGCACAAAAUCAAAGGAUGGGAAAAAGUAUGCUACUCUCAGCCUGUUUAACACCUAUAAGGGAAAGUCACUAGAAACCCAGAAAACUACUGUUGCUGCACGCCAUGGACUCCAAAGUUUGGGAAAAGUUGCUGUUUCUCGGCGCAUGCCUCCACCUGCAAAUUUGCCUAGUCUUAAAGCAGAAAAUAAAGGAAACGAUCCAAAUGUGAACAUUGUGCCCAAAGAUGGAACAGGCUGGGCAUCAAAACAAGAGCAAAAUGAAGAGGACAAAACACCAGAAGUGCCCCCACCACCUCCAAAGCCACUAGUUCCCGUUAUGCCCGAGGUUCCUACUGUUGCCAAAUCAUGGGCCACUUCCAAGCCAGGUGGACCCAAUGAUGGUGUUCAGGUGAACAGCUAUUUUCAGCAAGAAUUCCCAAGUCUGCAGGCAGCUGGGGAUCAGGAAAAGACAAAAGAGAAAGAUGCAGCUGAUGAUAAUUAUGGACCUGGACCGAGUUUGCGCCCACAAACGGAUGUGGCCAGUUGGCGGGAAGGUGGAGGAAGGAAUCUUGGUACGCCUCUUGCCCCUGCUGACCAAGAAAAUGUUGCCUCCCUUGGAGAAGAUGGAUCUUCUACCCCUGCACUACCUAGUUCUACGGACCAGAGCAAAGGGUCAGCCCCGCAAAUCAAACUGAAUGGACAACAACCUGGCCUACCUCCUCAGUACAGAGGCAUGAUGCCUUCGUUUGCUGGAAAUAUGUUUCCUUCAUAUCCACGACUUCCAUUUCCUCCAAUGCAAGCACCCACACGCUAUCCUUCAGCACCAGAAUCUAAUAGUAGAAGACGACCGCCACAAUCAUGGGCUGCGGAGGGUGUUGAACGUCCUUCAAUUAUUAGCGCUACUGAGCUAAAAGAGCUGGAUAACCUAGACACUGAAGCAGAUGAAGGCUGGGCAGGAGCUCAAAGUGAAGUCGAUUACACAGAGCAGCUAAACUUCAGUGAUGAUGACGAGCAGUCACCAAGCCAGAAAGAGAAAUCGGAAAGCUGGGAUGAUCGGAUCGCUAAAACUGAGCAAAUUCAAGCAAAGCCCAGUGAAGGUUUAGAAGUUCGCAAAGACUCUGAAGAAUGUCCAACCACCUCGCCUCAAGCUCCUGCCCCAGCAACAGGACCGAAAUCUCUUCUUGGCAAAGGUCCACCAGUUGACUCGCAGGAUCGGCGCCAGAUGCCUCCAUCACUUUUGUCUCUUGAUAAGAACAUCCCACCUCUAAUGCAAGCCAAAACUGCUCCCCAACAGCAGCACCCACCUCAAGGUCGCUCAGGUGCCCCAUCAAGACCAGCACCACUACAGUCCCGUCCCAGUGAGGAUGAAAUGUGGAAACAAAGACGUCGACAACAGACAGAAGUUUCUGCCGCAGUAGAACGUGCCCGCAAAAGACGUGAGGAAGAAGAAAGGAGAAUGGAUGAACAAAGGAAAGCAGCAUGCGCGGAAAAACUAAAGCGCCUAAAUGAGAAAUUUGCAGUGGCUGCUACUACUGCUACUACUACUGCUACUACUACAACAUCUACAGCAGAACCUGACAAACCAGCAGCUGAAAAAUCUCCAGAGGAAAAAAAUAUAGCUGAAGAAUCCUCUCAAGAUUCUGUCCCUAAAGAGGAGCAAGCUAUUGAAAAUGACCAGCUUAUGAAAGAAAUAGAACAGGAAAGACCAGAGACUCCUGUACAACAUGAAGAGACAAAGGAAGAAGUUCUCUCCAAUCCUGAUCUAGAGCUUGUACAGGAAGAGGGGAGUGUACCUGAUUUGGAAGAAAAAUCUGAUUUAGUUGAGGAAGAGCCACCGUUUACAAGAAAAGAUAGUGUUUCCAGUGACCAAGAAAAUUCCCCACCAGCAAUACCUGUGCAAUUAGCAACACCUCCGCCUGUCAUCCAACAACCUUCACUUCCAUCUCCUGUUAGUGCUCUUCCACCUGCUCCCUCUCCAGUGCCAGGGCCCGUUUUGUCACAUGAUAAUGACUCAGAAGCUGGAACCCAACCACGUCCUUCUGUUUCUUCUGGGUACUCUAAACAGUUUCAGAAAUCUUUACCUCCAAGUUUCAGCAGCGACAACAGGAACAGAUGAAAACAGCAGCAGUGGCAGCAGCAGCAACAAGGUGUACUCUCUCAGCCAACUCAGUCACAGCCCUCUAGCAGUCCUGUUCCUCCACCACAACACAGGCCACUUUACCAGCCUUUAGGACCCCAUCCUCAGCAUUUGGCUUCCAUGGCUUUUGAUCCCCGCUGGCUGAUGAUGCAGCCAUACAUGGAUCCAAGAAUGAUGUCUGGAAGACCUACAAUGGAUAUGCCACCUAUGCAUCCUGGGAUGAUACCAACCAAGCCAAUGAUGAGACGGGAACAGAUGGAUGCUUCAGCAACUGCUUCUGAACCAUAUGACCACAUGGCUCGAUCUGUAAGAGACCAUGGUGUCCCGCUAUCUGAGCCUCGCAUGAUGUGGGGAGCAGAGUCUUACCCACACUCAGACACUCCACAAGUCUCCUCAUCUGCAAAAGAAUUGGAGGAGCCUGAAGAUUACAGGUCUGAAACCUCUGUGGAUCAGGACAUAAUAUCUGAAACCUACUCAAUGGAUCGUAUAACUUUUGAAUCACAACACAAAACUGACUUUUUCUCGAGAUCUCGAGAGCCUGAAAUUCACAGUGCACCUAUAAGGCAUCCAGAACCUGUUCAGUUGCCUCAGGCAGAGGAACAAGACACACGACUUUCCGGGUUUGAUCAAACAGAGAAGCAGGCCCCCUUAGACGAUGCUUCCCACAUUGACAUCCAACCUGUCUUGACCAGAAGUUUAUCCAGUGAGUCAGCACACACUGUGAAACAGGAAGAAAGGAGGACAGAUGCUGUGACAGCAACUUCUAAAGUUUCUGCUAGACCUCCGGAACCUACAAAAGAAGUAGUGGAAGAAAAACCAAGAAAAGAGAGUUUUCAGAGCUCCAAAGCACCUGAGCUUCCAAAAAUAGAAAAACCUUUCAAACCAAAAUCUGAAACAAGGUGGGGUCCAAGACCUGGUUCUCGCAGUAGAGAAGAAGGUAUUGAUAGACCCAUAAGGAGAUCAGGUCCUAUCAAAAAACCUAUUCUUCGGGACAUGAAAGAGGAACGUGAAUUGAGAAAAGAAAGGGAGGAGGAGAAAUUUGGUCAAGAAAAAAUAGUGAAACAAGAGAAAGUAGAAACCGAAAACCUUUACCAGCUCAACCAACAUCUAGCCCUCAUCACUCAGUCAGUAAAAAUGAACAAGAUAAGCAAUUGUCUUUCCACUCUUCCCAAAGUACAAAGUGCUAACACCUUACACUCAGAAAAGCCAUUAGAAAGCACAUCUUCUGAAAUUACACCUAAACCAGUUUCUCAGCCAGCACCACCUAGCCAGCCAAGUAAGGAAGAAAAAAUUGUACGGGUUGUCAGCAAAGAAAAUAAGGAACCUCCCUUGGAUAAACCCAAACCAGAUUCAAAACCUUCAUUGGUUUCACAGACCAGUUCUUCAACAAUACCUCAUCGAAAAGAGCCUCUGCUCCCCCCAAGAGCUUAUAGGAAAGAGGCUAGGGACAGAGACUGGUUUCCUGAACAAGGUUAUCGUGGAAGAGGGCGAGGAGAGUACUACUCCAGAGGAAGAAGUUACCGAGGUUCCUAUGGAGGGAGGGGGAGAGGAGGCAGGGGUCAAAGUAGAGACUACCCACAUUACAGAGACACUAAACCCCGUAGUGAACAAGUUCCUCCUGGAGCUGUAAGGCGCAGGGAUGAAAGUGAAACUCGCAGUGAAAGUUCAGACUUUGAAGUUAUGCCUAAGAGGCUCAGGCAACGUGGGUCUGAAACAGACUCUGACAGUGAAGGCCGUGAAAGUGCAAGUGACACACCUUUAUCAGAUAAGGAAAGUGCAAGCAGAAGCAAACCUCGCAGAGAUGACCGCUCUGAAAUCAAAAGGGCACCUAAAUCUGUUCCGGUUUUAAAAUCUGAUCCUGGGGUAUCAAGGUCAGAGGUUAGACCAUCUGAAAGACACUUCUCUAGAGAAGAUGAUUCUAGAACAAAACCUGGUUUCUUGCCAAAAGGAGAACCGUCCCGUAGAGGCAGAGGAGCUGGAAGUUUUCGUCGUGGGGGAAGAGAGCCUGGCAUCCGUACAUCACGCCCUCCACCACCACGAAGAUCUAAUUAUAGGGAUAACCAGUGGAUGCCAAGACAGCAGGAAUCAAGACCACCACCUCCUCCAAGACUUGAUGAAGGGGAAAACAAACAGGAACAUCCAACUUUACCUGGAGAUAAAAGGCCGCUUAUUAAAUUUGAGCGCAAAUUUGAUCCUUCAAGGGACAGACCGCGACGGCAGAGACCAACACGUCCACCAAGACAAGAUAAGCCUCCUAGAUUUAGACGAUUAAAAGAAAGGGAAAGAGAAGAUGCUGGGAAACCUGUUGAGGUUACAGGAUCUUCUAAUCAAGGAGUGCCUGUCUCUAAUACGGUUCAUGAACUUCCCUCUGAUUUCUCUGGUAACAAAACUCCAGACUUGUCUAAUCAUAAUUCCUCUGACCAGGCCAAUGAGGAGUGGGAAACUGCUUCAGAAAGUAGUGACUUCAAUGAGCGACGGGAAAGAGAUGAGCGGAAAGCUGCCACAUCCACCAGUAUUCAGUCACCUGCCACUAGUAAAGCUGCGGAUGGCUUGGCUCAGUCGCCACCUAAAAGAGAGAGUGCCAAAAGAAGUUUUUCUAGUCAAAGACCUGGCAUGGAUCGUCAGAACCGUAGAGGAAAUACUGGCACUCCCAAACCUAGCAGGCAUUAUUCUGGGCCCAGGAGUGAACGACGGAGUGGCACUUCACUGCAGAGGGGAAAAAGAGGUCCUAUAGAUGACCAGAUAGCUGGCAUGAAUGCAACAGAUUCAUCUGGAGGCAGCAGCACUGUCCACAAUCACCAUUACCACACUUAUCACCAACAUUCUGAUGAUGGAAGUGCCAUUGCACCAUCAAAGACGGUCAAAGAUUCUUCUAGCAAAAAGAAAGACGAAGCCAAGCUGGUAGUAAAAAAGCCGAAGGAGAAGGUGGAUGCGUUAUCACAGUUUGACCUGAACAAUUAUGCAAGUGUUGUAAUAAUAGAUGAUCAUCCCGAAGUAACAACACUUGAGGAUUCUCAGUCUAACCUCAAUGAUGGUUUCACUGAAGUAGUAUCUAAAAAGCAACAAAAGCGACUGCAAGAUGAAGAGCGUAGAAAGAAAGAAGAGCAAACUGUACAGGUGUGGAACAAAAAAGGUUCUGGUGAAAAAGGAAGAGGCCAGAAUUCCAAACUUCCACCUCGAUUUGUGAAGAAACAGCAACAACAAGCAGCAGCUUUACAAGCUCAGUCUUCUGGUUUGUCAGCACAAGGAUUACCGCAGACGGUACCUGUAUCAAUGCCAUCGGGUCAGCCUCCGUUACCUGUCCAGUCCCAGCCAACCACAAAUGGCUCAGACUUUCCCGUAUCCAUGAAAGCUCCACCUCCUUCACAACCGUCAGCUUCACUAGGAACAGAGUUGUGGGAAAACAAGAUGGCUGCUCCAAGUGUUUUAAAUGACUUAUCUAAGAAAUUGGGCCCUAUUAACUCUCAGCCACAAUCAUCAAGUGCCUGGAAUAAACCUCUCACAGGAUUUGUACCAAAUGCCAACACUGAGACUACAAAAACAAGCCAAGAUGCUGUUGACUUGACAAUGGAAGCUAUUCAGUUUGGUGCUCCUGCUUCAAGUAGCAGUGAUAAUGAGGGUACACCUUCCCUCUCUGAGAAGGCAUCAGAAAACCUUCCCGAACCUAAAGAGCAGAGGCAGAAGCAGCCCAGAGCAGGACCAAUCAAGACCCAGAAGAUCCAGGAUCUCAGUGUUAUACAGAGUAAAGAGUACAAGCCAGGGCCAAUUGGUAAGGAAAGAUCACUUAAAAAUCGUAAAGUUAAAGAGGUGCAGCAACAGUCUGAGCCUGAGUCCCAAGAGAAACAGAUGCCAGCCACAGUUCGAACACCAGAACCUGUUCCAACAAAGGAAAGUAAGGUCAUACCAGAAGUAACCCCUGAAAUCACCAGCAUUCUUUCUGUGUCUGCACCAGAAUUUGGAGCCAGCACCAAGGAGAGUGUAACAGAUUACACCAGCCCAUCCAAUGCCCUUCCGAAUACAGCAUCUACUGGAAGCUCUAAGCUGGAAUCUUCAUUGGUGCCUAAUGUACCUCUUCCUCAUACUCUUCCUCUAUCUCGGAGGGAGACCCUUCAGCAGAGCUCAAGCCUAACACCUGUAUCUCCUGCUACUGUUGACCUCACACUAAAGAUGGAGUCCGCUCGCAAAGCAUGGGAGAACUCUCCAAGUGUUGCAGAGAAAGGAUCCCCAAUCACUUCUGCUGCACCUCCCGCUAGUACAUCGGCAGUGGGAGCCCCCACUAAUGGCAGCAAUGGAGUUGGGGGAGUGUCUACAAAUGGUGGCAGUUCUGGUCCCCCUCCUUCAAGCGGUGUACCUUACAAUUCCUUUUCCAGUUCCUCUAUGCCUCCCAUCCCUGUAGCUUCAGUAACACCAACAACAUCUUUGUCAGGAGCUGGAACAUAUACCACCUCCUCACUUAGCACAAAAACGACCACAACAUCUGACCCUCCAAAUAUCUGCAAGGUGAAGCCGCAGCAACUUCAAAGCAGCAACAGCAUGCCCUCUGCUAGUCACUUUUCUCAGCUCAGCUGUAUGCCGUCACUCAUGGCUCAGCAGCAGAGUCAGCAAGUGUAUGUCUCUCAGUCUGCAGCUGGACCAGCAGCACAGAUUCCUGCAUUCUAUAUGGACACAAGUCACCUAUUUAAUACACAGCAUGCACGCUUGGCUCCUCCAACUUUGACACAGCAGCAGGGAUUCCAGCCAGGGCUCUCACAGAUUCCUAUUCCUAUAUAUGCUCCUCUACAAGGACAGCAUCAAGCACAGCUUGGUCUAGCUCCUGCUCCUGCUGUUUCUCAAGCUCAAGAAUUGUUUACUCCUUCUCUGCAGCCUUACAGGUCUCAGCAAGCAUUUCUACAGAGCAAUUUGUCUCAGCCUUCUCCAGUCGUCUUGUCUGGUGCUUUGCAUAACUUUCCAGGAGGUACAACACCAGGAUCUGGCUAAAGCACAAACUAGCCUAGCAUAUCAACAGACUACCAAUACACAACCUAUUCCUAUUUUAUACGAUCAUCAGCUUGGCCAGUCUGGUUUGGGAGGAUCUCAACUGAUUGAUACACACAUCCUACAGACUCGUCAAGGAUUAGGUCAGCCUUCGAAUCUUUAUUCUGGGCAACAGCCAAGCCAGACAAGCUUCUACAACACUGCCCAGUCUCCUACUGCACUUCAGCAGAUGACGGUACCAUUGCAAGGAUCACAGCUGUCCUUGCCCAACUUUGGUUCAACUGGGGGGCAGCCCCUAAUUGCUUUAUCUCAAACCCUGCCACCUGCACCUCAAGCGCAACACCAGAAUCUCUCUAGGGCAGGCCAAGUGAGCCAGGCUUACCGAGGCCUAAUCCCUUCUGGCAAUCAGCAUGGAAUGAUGGCUGCCCCUGGCAAGGUAUCUGAUAUUGACCUGAAGCCUUAUGGGAGUGCUUUGGACCAUGUGAAACCUGGUACACCUCCUGUAAUUGGAAGAAGCACUACACCAACGUCCAGCCCAUUCCGGGCCAAUUCCACCAGUCCUAACAGUCAGUCAAGUAAAAUGAAUAGCUUGGUUUACCAGAAACAUCAGUUUACUUCAACAGCUGCCAAUGUAAGGAUGGGUCAGCCUCCCUUCCCUACGCAGUUCCCACCUCAGAUACUGUCACAGCCUAACUUGGUGCCUCCACUGGUCAGAGGACCCCAUCCAAAUUCUUUCCAACCACCAGUUCAACGCCCACCAAUGGCACUUACCAACCAGCUGCCCCCACAGAUGCCAACAGGUCUGAUGAACCACCCACGUCUUCAUCAUGUGUCCCGUGCACCUCCUGUUCCACCUUCUGGGGUGCGAAUUAAUGCCGCUAUAAAAGCAGAGCAGGAUCUGAAGGCAAAACAGAGAGCGGAGGUACUACAGUCUACACAUAGAUUCUUCGAGCAACAACAGCAUCAGCAGCAGAGCAAACCAGUGAUCCCCAAACCUCAAAAAACCACCCCAGGUGCCACCAAGCCUUCAGACUCUAUAUCGGAACCCUCCUUAGUCUCCCAGGAAAAGGUAGAAGAGAACCAACCUGCCGCUGCUGCCUUGCCUCCAGCUGCAGUGCCGACCUCUACCAAACCCAUCAGAACUGGACCAAUAAAACCUCAGGCCAUCAAAACGGAAGACACAAAGUCCUAG